UCAUCCAAUCUCGCUCCCAAUCCAUACUGUUUGUCUCAGUCCUCUGAGUGAGAGAGAGAGAGAGAGAGAGAGACACACACACACACACACCAUGACUCGCCGUGCCUUGGUCUGCUCCAUCCUGGUGGUGCUAUGCUGCGCCGCCGCAGGAUCAUCCUUCGAUGAAUCCAACCCCAUCAGAUUGGUAUCGGACCGUCUCCAGGAACUCGACUCCUCCUUCCUCCAAGUCAUCGGCCACACUCGCCACGCCCUCUCCUUCGCCCGCUUUGCUCAUCGCUACGGCAAGAGGUACGAAACUGUUGAGGAAAUAAAGCUCCGGUUCGAGAUUUUUAAAGAUAACUUGAAUUUGAUCAGAUCCACUAACCAAAAGGGUUUGACUUACAAACUCGCUGUCAAUAAAUUUGCUGAUUGGACCUGGCAAGAGUUCCAGAGGCACAGGUUGGGAGCUUCCCAGAACUGCUCUGCCACUACAAACGGCAAUCACAAGCUCACUAUUGUCGAUCUACCUGAGACGAAAGACUGGAGGGAGGAAGGUGUAGUCAGCCCAGUCAAAGAUCAAGGCAGCUGUGGAUCUUGCUGGACUUUCAGCACAACUGGAGCUCUUGAGGCAGCUUACCAUCAAGCAUUUGGAAAGGGUAUCUCUCUCUCUGAGCAGCAACUUGUGGACUGUGCGGGUGCUUUUAAUAACUUCGGCUGCCAUGGUGGUUUGCCAUCCCAGGCUUUUGAAUACAUCAAAUACAAUGGUGGCCUUGAUACGGAAGAGGCUUAUCCUUACACCGCAGAGGAUGGUAAAUGUAAAUUCUCAUCCGAAAAUGUUGGUGUCCAAGUCCUUGAUUCUGUCAACAUUACCCUGGGCGCUGAAGAUGAAUUGAAGCAUGCAGUAGCGCUGGUAAGGCCAGUGAGCGUGGCAUUUGAGGUGGUGCGUAGCUUCCGAUUUUACAAGAAGGGAGUUUACAGCAGCACCACAUGCGGGAGCACUCCCAUGGAUGUGAACCAUGCGGUUCUUGCAGUUGGGUAUGGAGUAGAAGAUGGAGUUCCAUAUUGGCUCAUUAAGAACUCUUGGGGAGGAGACUGGGGAGAAAAUGGCUAUUUUAAGAUGGAAAUGGGAAAAAACAUGUGCGGCGUUGCAACCUGUGCAUCCUACCCCAUUGUUGCCUAGCGCGAUUCUGAAAAAUUUAGAGUGGUUAUAUGUAUUCUUGAAGUUACUCUGGCAUGUAUAUCGGUUGCCCUUCCCAAAGUCGCAUCCUCAUAGCACAGUGGGGUAUAGCUGGAUUUGAUGUAGAAUACGGAAUAAACUUGUACAACUGUCCUGGAAAAUAUUUUAAGGAUAUUUAAGCGAAAGACUUGAUAAAUUUCUUUGUAGAAGGCAUUGUGUGAAUUGGUGGCAGUUGGCAUUAUACUAUAAAUUGAUGGCUGAUGUUAAACAUGGAA